AUGAUGGCAGCUGUCGAAGGAAUCGCGGGUUAUCGUGGGCAGUAUUGGUUUACGGAGCAUUAUGUGAAGCCUUAUCUGAUGAGCAAUGCUAAAUCCGGAGCUGAUCGUCUUGUUGAUUAUCACGAACAUAUUCAGGUGAAGGAAGCUGUUCGCCAUUUGAAAGUCCAUGGCAGUUUUGUUGGCUUGGCGACUACACAAAGCAAGGCUAACCUCCAACAGAUGGAAGCGUCACACUUGGUUUCGGAUAAUGCGUAUGUGGAGAGCGGUUUAACUGGCGAUACAUUAAAACCAAAUGAUACAGGUGCGAAGAUGCCGCGCAAUGAAUCAAUUAGCGUCUUCCUGAGGGAGAAAUUCGACCAGCUUAAUUCAGUGAGUCAUAAACCAGUCUCAUUCGGCGUGUAUAGCCGACACUUGUUGGAUGUCGACAAUACACCGCGCGCCGUUUUCAGAAGACAGGAUGCUCUCCAUAAUUCUAACACAUUCGAUGCGCUUGACAACGACGCAUAUCACAUGACGUACCCAUAUUGCAAAAAUGCUCGCAUACGACGCCAGACUACUCACGGCGGCACAGCUACCGAAAGAAUUGAUAUGCUUCCAAAGAAAUCGACGGCCUCUGUACGCAGCAAUUCAAACAGUGAAGCGCUUACACUAAACAUCGAUGCUUCGAAACCUCGAUUUUUGAUCACCAGUGAAGCGGACUCAGAUACGCCACCCAGUGCACCACGUCAUUUGACACGUAUGACUGCGGAGUCCGAUUCACAAGAAAGUAUGUUUCACAAUGUGUUUUUGGAUUUAUAA